AGAGAAAAUAUCAUAAAUUUACGCCCAGGUUAGUAGUAAUUGUUUAUUGAAGUGUCAUAGAAUUAAGAUUACUGGGCUUUAGGUGUAACAAGAUUUGCAUCCAGCCGGGUGAAUAAUAUUCGGGAUUCAUUCCUACUACUUUUUCCGCCGUCACUAUCAAAAAUUGUAAUUGAUAACUCAAACAACUACGGAAAGUAUAUACAUGGGUCUAACCAUAUCGAAAUUUACGAGGAUUUAUUUCAUGCCUACUUGGCCGUAUUAUUGCUGGCCGGUGUAUAUAAAUCCAAAAAUGAAACUUUGCAUGAUUUGUUUGAUGAAUAUUGUGGACGGCCAAUAUUUCGGUCAAUUAUGUCUGAGAAAACAUUUUUAUAUAUCCACAAAGUCAUUCGUUUUGAUGAUGUGCUCACCCGACGAGGCCAAAGAAAUGAUGACAAAUUCGCACCAAUUAGAAACCUUUGGGGAAAAUGGUCUGAACGGCUUCCCACAUUCUACAAUCCUUCUGAUUCUGUUACUGUGGAUGAGCAAUUAUUGGGAUUUCAUGGUCGUUGUAAAUUUCGCCAGUACAUUCCAUCGAAGCCAGAGAGAUAUGGUUUAAAAUUUUGGCUACUUGUUGAUUCACGCACAGCCCUACUUGGGAAAAGGUGUGACAGGAAAUCCUGAGAGGAAUCAAGGAGAACGGGUUGUUCUUGAUUUAGUUGAUGGACUAAAAGGGCAUAACGUCACCAUGGACAAUUUUUUUUUCAUCUCAGCCUUGGCCAAAAACUAUUACAAAAGAAUAUGACAAUGGUUGGAACUAUGCGCAAAAAUAAAAGAUCUAUUCCCCCAAAGCUACUGAAUUGCAAAAAAAUUCCACGAUAUGAAUCAACUUUUGCCUUUACUCCUGAUACCAGUCUCGUUUCGUACAUCAGUCAUAAAAACAAGUGUACAUUUGUCAUGAG